GUAAUUGGCGCAGAUCCCGAAGGCUCGAUUUUGGGUGAUAAAGCGGGCGAGCAGAAGGAGGGAUUCUUUGAGGUCGAAGGCAUCGGAUAUCAUUUUGUGCCAGCAACACUCGAUUUUAAGGAAGUCGAUAAAUGGGUAAAAGUCAAGGAUCCUGACACAUUCAAAACGGCUCGGCGAUUGAUCCGUGAAGAGGGUUUACUGGUCGGUGGUAGUUCUGGAUCAAACAUGUUUGCAGCACUACAGGAGUGUCGUUCGUUGAAGAAAGGACAAAACUGUGUGGUCAUUAUGCCGGAUGGAAUCCGGAACUAUAUGUCCAAAUUUGUCUGUGAUGAAUGGAUGAUAGAGAAACACUUCAUGGAACCAGUCGAACGACAACGGGUGCAACCGAGCGAGUAA